AUGAUGGCUGCGGAUGCUGCGGAUGCUCUCUGCAGCAUCCUCCUCCUCCUGCUGCAUCCGCGCCGACUCUCCAUCCUCCUCCUCACCGCCACCCUCUCCUCUCUGCCAGGUCCCGCGGCGCCGCUGCUCGGUGUCCGGCCAGAGGACACCCAGAGCGGGGAGCUGUCCGUGCAGGACGGGGUGAUAAGAGCCACCGAGGGCACUCGUUUCAUGCUUAGGGUUUACUACUCCGCAUCUGCAGCCGCGGUGCAUCCCAACAUCACCGGCAGACCUGACACCGCUGCUGCCGCCCCGUGGAUUGCGUUCAUAGAGGAGGCAGGUGGGGAUGGCGCGGCUGCGGAGAGGCUGCUCCGGUUCAAAGGAAACCCGUGUGAAGAGGAGGCUGCCCGGAGCUCUGAUAUCGAGCUGCUGGGUUCUUUCAGGUCCACCUCAAGUCACAACUCCGUGUUGGUGGAGCUGCUCGCCAAAGACCUGCGCAGGGGCGAGCGGAUCAAAUACUACUCCAUGUGCGCGUUCGAUGGAGUGAAAUGGGAGCAUUUCAGCACCAAAGACUUUUGGCUGGCAGUGGUCGAGAGACCUCCAGAGGCGGAUGCUUGGCUACAGGCAGGUGUCUCCGUGCUCCUACUGGCGCUGUCUGCGCUCUGCAGCGGGCUGAACAUCAGCAUGCUCGCUCUGGACCCCGUGGAGCUGCGGGUCCUGCAGAACAGUGGCACAGAGAAAGAGCAGAAAUACGCACAGAAAAUAGAGUCGGUGCGUAAACAUGGCAACUACAUCCUCUGCACCGUGGUGCUGGGCAACGUGCUGACAAACACGUGCUUUGUGGUGUGGAUGUGCCAGAUUCUAGGGAUGACUGCUCUCUCAACUGCCUUCUGCACUUUGGGGAUAUUCUUUAUUGGCGAGAUUUUGCCUCACUCCGUGGCGUCCAGACACAGCCUCGCCAUCGCCUCCAAGACCCUCUGCGCCACCCGCCUGCUGAUGCUGGUGUUUUUCCCCAUCGCCUACCCAGUGUCAAAGAUUCUCGACAUCAUGUUGCACCAAGAAAUCAGCAACUUCUACACCAGAGAGAAGUUGGUGGCCAUGCUGCGCGUCACUGAUCCAUACCACGACCUGGUCAAAGAGGAGCUCAACAUCAUCCAGGGGGCUCUGGAGCUGAGGACCAAGACCGUGGAGGACGUGCUGACCCCGCUGUCAGACUGCUACAUGCUCUCCUCGGACGCCGUGCUAGAUUUCUGCACCAUGUCCGACGUGAUGCAGAGUGGCUUCACCCGGAUCCCGGUCUAUGAGAACGAGCGUUCCAACAUCGUGGACAUCCUGUUCGUGAAGGACUUGGCCUUCGUGGACCCCGACGACUGCACCCCACUGAAAACGAUCACCCAGUUUUACAAGCACCCCAUGCACUGCGUGUUCAACGACACCAAACUAGAUGUGAUGCUGGAGGAAUUUAAAAGAGGUAAAUCACACCUGGCUGUGGUGCAGAGGGUGAACAGCGAGGGCGUGGGAGACCCCUUCUACGAAAUGAUGGGCAUCGUCACUCUGGAGGACGUCAUCGAAGAGAUCAUCAAGUCUGAGAUCGUGGAUGAGACAGACCUGUACACUGAUAAUCGCACUAAAAGGCGAGUGUCCCACCAUGAGAGGAAACAACAAGAUUUUUCUAUCUUCAAACAGGGAGAGAAUGAGCUGAAGGUGAAGGUUUCACCCCAGCUGCUGCUUGCAACACACCGCUUCUUGGCUACAGAAGUGGAGCCCUUUAGGCCGUGUCACCUGUCAGAGAAGAUCCUGCUGCGUCUCAUCAGGCAUCCCAGUGUUGUGCAGGAGCUGAAGUUCAACCCCAAGAACAAACACUCCUCUCAGCACUACCUCUUCCAGAGGAACAAACCUGUCGACUACUUUGUCCUCAUCCUGCAGGGACGUGUGGAGGUAGAGAUCGGCAAGGAGGCGCUCCGCUUUGAAAACGGAGCAUUUUCCUAUUAUGGGAUGCCAGCACUCAUCCCAUUAAUGCCUAUUGGUCGCAGGUACAGUUCCCGCAGCAGUGGCCUGAACCAAUCAGAUUCCUUACUGAGUGGGGGCAGCAUGGGUCAACUCACCGCAGGAGGAGGCAUCUACUUACCAGACUACACAGUUCGACAGCUCACAGACCUGCAGAUCAUCAAGAUCACCAGGAACCACUACCAGAACGCCCUCAUGGCCACCAGGAUGGACGGCUCCCCUCAGACGCCGCCGGACACAGUGGAUCCUGACGCUAAAGGGAGAGCAGUGGUCCCAGAAGCUCGCUCACACAGCAUCGCCCUCCCGCUCACGCAUACACACACUCGGCUGGGGCUGGCACGCCUCGCACAUCUGCAUCCCUACGGCGGCCUUCGCAGCACCUCCCAGCUUAAUCAAAGAAAUCGAAUUGUUCGCAGUAAAUCUGACGGACAGCGGAGUCCUAAUGACACCGUGUUCCUCCGCAUGGAUGAGAUUCCCUACAUCCACGAGGACAGACCGGAGAAUUAUGGGGAAAAUGAUGUGCCUACAGAGUUCCAGCCGUCCACCUCUCCCCUCAUCAGCUCCGCGUCUCUGUCCAGCUCUGAAGAAAACAUUGGAAAGAAGCUCCUGCGGAAACUGAGUAACAAGAGGAGGAAAAAGUCUCGGGACGGAGAAAAUAGUUUGGAGGAAGGCUCCGAGAAAGCACUAGUGACAAGCUAGCACAGUGGCA